AAAUUGAUUCAAAAUACCCUUGUGGUUGUGCAGAAACAACCACAUGAUUUUCUUUCUUUUUUUUUUAAAAAAAAUAAAAUGAAUUUUUACGAUAAUAAAAAACGACCUUCAGCAGAAGAAAUCGCUAGUGAUGGUCUACCUAGGAAAAGGUUUAUUUCAGAAGAAAGCUUUGCAAAAGAUAUGGCAGCCAUGACACUUGACUCUACAAACAAUAAUAAUAAUAAUAAUAAUAAUAACGUAAUUAGAAUCAAUAAUAUAGACCAGUUUUUGGCAGAAGAUGAAUUUAUGCAGACAGACACGGUACAGACUGGACUUCCACUUCAAUGGAAACCAGGCGAUAAAAAACCGCAUAUUCCAGACUUUGUCUUAAAUCAAUCAGAGUAAGGUUUAUUUGUAUUUUCGAGGAUUAUUAACCUAUAAACUAGAUUUACUGAUCCAAGAGAUAAAGCGGCAUUUGAGAAAUGUAUCAAGUCAACAAAGCAUAUAGAG